UCCGGUCCUCUUCUCCACGAGCGGCCGUGCCCGUGCCAGCCAGCGACCCCUUCACCGGCCAUAACCCCUAAACCCCAGCCAACGGCAACCCCGCCCGCCAUGGUCGAAACGGUCGCCUUCCCGCUCCCGCUCCGGGCGCCCGCGCCGCCGCCUCCCACCUCCAAGACCUUCCGCCACCAACCCCCCGUGCUCUCCCCCCUCCCCCUCUUCUCCCCCCCCCCCCCCCCCCCCCCCCCCCCCCCCCCCCCCCCCCCCCCCCCCCGCACGCCGCGCCUCGGCCGCCCGCACGACCCUAAUCACCAGGGCGGCCGAGGCAGCGGGCAGCCAUGGAACCUGCCGCCCUCCCUCUCCCUCCCCGCGCGGCGCGCGCUCCUCUCCCUCCUGUCCGACCCGGACUCCGCGCGCGACAUUCUCUCCGCGCUCCCAACCUCCGAGCUCGCCUCCGUGCUCAACGCCCUCGCUUCCCGCGGCCGACCCGGCGUCGCGCUCGCUGCUCUCCACGCUGCGCGGGACCUCCACGGCCUGCACGUCCUCCAACAUCCCCGCGUGCUCCCCGCAGCCGUCCGCGUCCUCGCGCGCGCCGGCCGCCUCGCCGACGCCUCCGCGCUCCUCAACGCUGCGCCGGAACCCGACGCCAGCGCUUACACGGCUCUCGUGUCAGCGUUCUCCCGGGCCAGCCGGUUCCGGGACGCGGUCGCCGUGUUCCGCCGUAUGGUGGCUAACGGCAUUCAGCCCGCCAUCGUCACCUACAAUGUCGUGCUCCAUGUGUACUCCAAGAUUGCCGUUCCGUGGAAGGAUGUGCUGGCACUCGUGGACUCCAUGAAGAACGACGGGAUUCCGCUGGACAGGUAUACAUAUAACACGCUCAUUAGCUGUUGCCGGCGUGGUGCACUCUAUAAGGAGGCAGCGAAAGUGUUCGACGAAAUGAGGGCUGCUGGGUUCGAACCUGACAAGGUCACAUUCAAUUCGCUGCUUGAUGUGUAUGGCAAGGCACGGAUGCAUGAUGAGGCAAUUGGGGUGCUCAAGGAGAUGGAGCUUGGGGGCUGUCCACCCAGUGUGGUAACCUACAACUCGCUAAUUUCGUCCUAUGUAAAGGAUGGGUUGUUGAAAGAGGCAGCAGAGCUCAAAGAGGAGAUGGAGCUUAAGGGAAUUCAGCCGGAUGUCAUUACAUACACGACGCUGAUUUCUGGUCUUGACAGGGCUGGCAAAAUUGAUGCAGCAAUCGGGACGUGUGAUGAAAUGUUGAGGAAUGGAUGUAAGCCAAACUUGUGCACGUACAAUGCAUUGAUCAAGCUGCAUGGGGUGAGGGGAAAGUUCCCAGAGAUGAUGGUUGUCUUCGACGAUCUCAGGUCUGCUGGAUUUGUGCCAGAUGUUGUGACCUGGAACACACUCUUGGCGGUAUUUGGUCAAAAUGGUUUAGAUUCCGAGGUGUCUGGGGUAUUCAAGGAGAUGAAGAAAUCUGGUUAUGUUCCUGAGCGGGACACAUAUGUUUCACUCAUUAGUUCAUAUAGUCGGUGUGGCUUGUUUGACCAAUCAAUGGAGAUAUACAAGAGGAUGAUUGAAGCCGGUAUAUAUCCUGACAUAUCAACAUAUAACGCUGUUCUAUCUGCACUAGCUCGUGGUGGGCGUUGGGAGCAGGCAGAAAAGUUGUUUGCUGAGAUGGAGAAUCUGGAUUGUAGGCCAGAUGAGCUUAGUUACUCUUCACUGCUUCAUGCAUAUGCUAAUGCAAAAAAGCUGGACAAAAUGAAAGCUUUGUCAGAAGAUAUAUAUGCAGAGAAGAUAGAGUCACACCACGGGCUGGUGAAAACAUUGGUAUUGGUCAACAGCAAAGUUAAUAACUUAUCCGAAACAGAGAAGGCGUUCCUGGAACUUAGGAAGAGGCGGUGCUCUCUGGAUAUUAACGUCCUAAAUGCAAUGAUUUCCGUAUAUGGGAAAAAUAGGAUGGUUAAGAAAGUGGAGGAGAUUCUUUCACUCAUGAAGGGAAGUUCUAUCAACCUCAGCACCGCAACAUACAAUAGCUUGAUGCAUAUGUAUUCUCGAUUAGGUGAUUGUGAAAAGUGCGAAAAUAUCCUCACUGAGAUCAAGUCAAGUGGUGCACGUCCGGAUCGAUAUUCUUAUAACACAAUGAUCUAUGCAUAUGGAAGAAAAGGGCAGAUGAAAGAAGCCUCAAGAUUGUUUUCUGAGAUGAAAUCUUCAGGCCUGGUACCAGAUAUUGUAACAUACAAUAUCUUUGUUAAGAGUUAUGUGGCCAACUCAAUGUUUGAAGAGGCUAUUGAUUUAGUACGUUAUAUGGUUACUCAUGGUUGCAAGCCCAAUGAGAGAACUUACAAUUCAAUACUGCAGGAGUACUGUAGGCAUGAUAAGAUAGCAGAUGCCAAAUCAUUCCUUAGCAACCUUCCUCAGCUUCAUCCUGGAAUAUCCAAACAAGAACAACAAAGACUGCUAGAACUGUUGGCUAGGCACACUUCAAGAGAUAGAGGUUGAACAUCAAACCUUGUUUGUAUUUGUGAUACGACAAGUAGACAUGACUGUUUUCUUAGUUAUCCUUGGCAAACAUGGACUUCAUAGUGGAUAUGUACAUAUUACAUUUCUCUAAAGAAAUAUUGAGAGAAACCAGUAAGAUGCAUUUAGUUUUCUCUGCUUAAUUAAUUUGCUGAAAACUCAUGUUUGUACAUCCUCCAACCACAUACGAUCUGCUGGUAGUUUUCCUAACCAGUACAUACACAGAUUCAUCUGUUUCCUAAUCCGGUGAGGUCAUACUAAUUAUUUUAAUGUAUGUAGUCAAGGUAAAGAGGUUCAUAUGAUAUAUUUCUGAAUGGAAGAAAUAUCUGUCAUUUUCAUUUGUGUGGUUGCAUUGUAUGCACUAUCACCUAAGUUACUAAGCUCCCUUGAUUUUGAGGCUCCUGGUGCAUCGUGGUAUUUAGAGUCAGUUGUGGGCUCGGUUUUGAGGCUGUGUUUUGGUCGUUAGCUGUAUAUGGGCCUACUCGGUGGUGAGUCGUGGCGGUUCGUGUGAGCCUUUUGCCCUAUGUGUCAGGUGCGUGUGUCUGCUCUCUCGCUGCUUUAUUGGUUUUGUGUGCGGUGGCGGCUGGGCGGGUGUGUUCUUUGUCGGUUCACAGAGGUUCACAGAGAGGGCAGCGCUGUUCUCUGUGUUCGCUGGUUCUGCUGCUGGGGGCUUCGUCUUUCGCAUCGGUCUUAACUGGUCUUCUAGGUGGGUAGGGGUGUUGACAGCGGCGGCUGGUUACGGGGCUUCAUCGAGCUAUUCGUGUUCCUCCGCUGCAUCUGAGGCUUUGAUUUUGUUCCUCUCCAUUUUUGUUUCCUUAUGUCUUGAUUGUUGCGUUGAUUGUGUAAUGCUGUAUCCGUGCUGUCCUUGGUCGGGGGCGUGCUUCUUUGUUUCUGGUGACUUGGUCCCAUGAUGAAUAUUCCCGAUGGGAUUUGUUACAGACUAUCUUGAAUGUAGUAGCCUUGUGGUAUUUCAAGCUUUAAUUACAUGCUUAAGUUACCAAACUGCUUGAUGUGCAUUCAUAUUUUGUAUAUUACGUAUUUGUUUAGCCUACAAGAAAGUACCUGGUACUUAACAAACAGAUGCUAGAAUAUGUAGGGUCCAGAAAAGGUUAACUGUUUUUCAGUCUUUAAAUGAAUGGAAAACAAGUCAUGAACAAAUAGCAAGAUGUUGUUGUACUGCCGUAUCAAGUGCAUCUGGAGCCCAUAGAAGGUGGAGCUUCAAGAAGACCAGAAAGCAAUCUCAGUGUAGCAUUUGGAGUACCAACUAAUCUCAGUGUAGCAUCUGACAGGAGAAUAAUGGAUGUAUUAGCCUAUGGCUGUUCUUUUGUGUAACAAACGUGUUGUGCAGUGUAGUGCUUGAUAAAUUUUGCCUCAAGCGACAAGACUUAAAUUAGUUAUGUGUUCUGCAGGAACUAUCCAUGUAUAAGUGAGGAUUUUCCUCAAGUUAUGUGUCAUGAUUAGGUUAUCCAAGUAUUUGAUUACCAAAUAGGCUUGGCUGUUUUCAUAUUUUUCUAAUUUUUGAAUGGGAUGUAGAAUUUUCAUUCUCAUUCUAUCAUAUUUCUAAUUGGAAGAUGGAUGGUUUCUACAUAAUUCGAAGGUUGUUUAUUUGCAAGUUAAGAAAGAUGGGCUAAUAAUGUUUGAGGUAAGGUAGGAUAGAUGUGGCUGUAGUUCUGCAUUUAUCUACAAGGUAAGAAACAUGAGGAAAUCAAUUAAACUUGGGAUUAUGGCUCAUCUUCUGUAAGAAUUCAAAUGGGAAAAACAUGUUUCUCAUAGUGAUGUUUACCCCUUCUAAAUGCAGGUGAUUCCACUUAUUCAACAGAAGUAGAAGUAGAGUAAUUAAUUUGCCCUAUACACCAAUUUUUUUAUGCAGAGAUAUAUUUUAUCUUGCCCCUUCUCUGAACUAAUAUAUUGUUGGUAUAAAAAAACUGAUUGGUAAGUGACAUGGAUGAGGCAGAAUUGGUUCUUUUCGGAUAAUUGGGUUACAGUAUUUCUUGAGCCAGGCACAGUUCCAGAGCAGUUACCUAUC